UAGCUGCCGGUGAAGGGGGGCGUGUCGGCUGGCCGCAAUUGGUGGGGGAAGAGUAAUCAGGAAGUGGCGCUGGGUUGCCCACAAGUGAGCUGUUCACCGCUCGGGGUGAGAUGACUUCCUCAGGGCUCCGCGAUUGUCUGCGGGAAUGGGAAGAGCUGCAGCAGCAUUACAAUGAGAGCCAGGAGACCCAUCGCUCAUACAAGCAAAAGCUGGAGGAAUUGACAAAGCUGCAGACACGGUGUUCCAGUUCUAUUUCACGUCAGAAGAAGAAGCUAAAAGACCUAUCGCUAGAAUUAAAGAAGGUUAAAGACAGCCAAGAAAAUGAGAACAACCAAAUUAAAGACAUACAAGAAAACAUUAAGCUGCGGGAGAGAACAUUUUCUGAGAUGGAAUCCUUUCUACCCAAGAAAAACGGAUUAUACCUGAGUCUGGUAUUGGGGAAUGUGAAUGUCACUCUUUUAAGCAAACAGUCCAAGUUUGCUUACAAAGAUGAGUAUGAAAAAUUCAAACUAUACCUAACCAUGAUCCUUCUGGUCUUGUCCUUUCUAUGUCGCUUUAUGCUGAAUUCCAGGGUGGGUGAUGCUGUAUUUAACUUUUUAUUGGUUUGGUAUUACUGCACACUUACAAUCCGUGAAAGCAUUUUAAUCAAUAAUGGUUCCAGAAUUAAAGGCUGGUGGGUCCUAAACCAUUAUAUAUCCACCUUCCUCUCAGGUGUCAUGUUAACCUGGCCAGAUGGAUUAAUGUACCAGAUUUUCAGAAACCAAUUCCUUUCAUUUUCUAUGUAUCAAAGUUUUGUUCAGUUCUUGCAAUACUACUACCAAAGUGGCUGUUUGUACAGACUACGAGCUCUUGGGGAGAGGCAUAAUAUGGACCUUACUGUGGAGGGCUUUCAGUCCUGGAUGUGGAGAGGAUUGACCUUCCUUCUGCCAUUUCUCUUCUUUGGUCAGUUCUGGCAGCUCUAUAAUGCCAUCACACUCUUCCAACUAGCCAGGCAUCCAGAGUGCAAAGAAUGGCAGGUUCUAAUGUGUGGUCUCCCUUUUUUUGUACACUUCUUGGGAAAUUUCUUCACAACUCUACGAGUCGUCCACCAGAAAUUUCAGAAACAAACUGAAGAACCUAAAGACAAGUGAAUCGGCUGUAUGUCACUUAUGAUAUCUAGUUGUACUGUUAUUUGGGAAAUUGUAUGAUGACUGAGAGCCUGAGAUUUUUCUCUUUUUAACUCGGCACCAACUUUUUUAAGUUAAGGGAAAACUGUAUAAAAGACUGAGGUGCAACUUCUAAAGUGGCUCUGUUGCUACAUGAAUAAAAUGAAGACCAGCCUGCGAAAAAAGCAUUGGUAUCUUGUCUGCACCACCAAGCUCUGCUGUCUUUAAAUUGCUGAAAAAUGUUCUGCAUUCGCCACUUCUGUGUGUCAGAUACCACACCCCCAUCAAUACAGCUCGUUCCUUUAUCUGACCCUAUGUCGCCGCUGUGUCCUGUAGUGAUGUAGUUGGUAGAUGUGCAUAAAAAUCACAGGGCUUGGCAGGGGACCAGGAAUCCCACACUCCAGAAGUAUUCCAGAUGCUGAAGACAGCAGAAUUUAGUGGUGCGGUUCGAGAGGGGGUUAAAGCCCGUACACACGAUUGGAUUUUCCGACAACAAAUGUGUGAUGGCAGGGUUUUGACGGAUAAUCCGACCGUUU